AUGGAGUCCGCUCUUUCCCCAAACACCACCGCCCUCUUCAACUACCUCUCCUCGUCAUUCAACAAUGACCAGUCAAACAAUCCCACCUCUCUCCCCACCGCCGCCCUCUUCAACAGCAUGCCCGUUCCGGCCAGAGACACCCCAGAGGACACCCCUCCUUCUGCCCCAUCGUCCUCAGAGCCCCUUCGACACGCCAGCGCAGAUGAAGAGUCCGACUCCACCCUAGACAGGCAGAACAGCACUGGGUUGAGUACGGGCGCUAAUGUGCGCAACAAACGCAAGGCGGGUCAGCACAGUCGAGUUGCCGAAGAAGACGAAGAGGAGGGAUCCGAGUCUGAUCUGCCGUCUGGACAUGAAGACAAGAGGCAGAAUGGAAAAGGCAGGACGGCGUCGGGUGCUUCGGGCUCGGGAAGGAGAGGAGGCCGCAAGUCUUUGACAACCGCGGAUGGCGAGGGGCGUAAAGAGCUCAGCAAGUCUGAGAGGCGAAAGGAGCAGAACAGGGCGGCUCAAAAGGCGUUUAGGGAGAGGCGUGAGGCAAAGGUCAAGGAUCUUGAAGACAAGGUUUCCGAGCUCGAGGGUCAGGCCUAUGGCGCGCAGAUUGAAAACGAGAAUCUUCGUGGGAUCCUCAAGCGGCUGCAGGAAGAGAAUGUCGCUCUCAAGCAGUCGGCAUUCACCUUUUCCAUGCCCAUGAGCACCCCGGCUAGCACCAACGCACCACAGCCACAGAACCCCAAGCCCCCUACACCUCCUCACACCAACACCGAAGACAGUCUCAAGAGUGUUAACGAUAUGCGUCCUGCCUCGCAUCGCAACUCUUCAGCUGCGUCUUUGUUCAAAGAUAGCCCAGAGUCUCUUGUGUCAGUCGGAAGCGGUACUGAUCAGACACCUCCCAAUCUCUUCCCAGACCAUUUCAACGCCUUUGCACUCGGCGGUGUUGGUGUUCCUCCCAAGGAUCCUAGCGUUCCCACCCUGGCGGCUCAGCAUCAAACUGAGAAGAAGGUAUCCCCUCCUAGCUCCGUGUCCACCGCAGGAGACUCUGAGUUUGCCGCUCUCUGGUCCAGUCUUUACCCCAACGGUGUCGAGCCUGCUGUGAAUCAAAACAGUAGUGACGCGAAAGGUGGUCCGUUCCAGUUGCUCAAUUCGCAACCCGAGUUCAUGUCGUUCACCAACGCUGGCUUUGGGUUCAGUGACUACUUUCCCGACUCGGCAUCUGCCAUGGAGACAGAUCCAACUCCUCCGCCUGCACCAGCCGCGCCCACCCCAAACCUUGGUGCGACUGGCAACACGUCAGACUGGAACAAAUUCGCGUUCCGUGAUUCCUCUGCCGACGCCGCGGCGGCCAACUGGGAAAGUGGUGUCGACUCUAGUGUAUCUGAUUUCCUUGCUUCUCUUACUGGCUCGGACAAUGCGGCUCCACAAGAGCCCGUUGGUGAUGACGACGCAUUCAAUGCGCAGAUGAGAAAGAUUUUCGGCGCCGACAACUCUCCCUCUGCGGCAUUCAACAUUGGUACGGGUAGUUCCACAUUCAGCCCCAACAACUAUCUCAACAUGUCGCCAUCACCUCUUAUCCAAAAUUCCAACGGGGUCUCACCCGAGUCGUCCGCUUCCCGGUCAAACACCGAUUCUGGCAACUCGCCGUUAUCGUCCAACACAAGUGUCUCUGGCGCUCAAAAGCCUUCGAGCGGUUCCGAAUCUGGGGACUGCCUGCCAGCCAAUCUUGGCACAUGUAUCGCACCUGGACCUUUCAAGAAGAGUCAUGAUAUUGUGCAUAUCAUUGAUGAGAAUGGACGGACAGUCAAGCCUUCCGAGCUGUGGAUCAAACUGGGUAUGGAGUACGAGAACUCUAUGGACUCACUUCUCAUCGAUGAUCUUUGCGCCCAAAUGAGAUCCAAGGCGACGUGUAAAGACGGCAAAAUGCAGCUGAGUCUCAAGGAUGCCGAGGAACAGUAUCGUCACGAUUGGAUCAAGAAUCAAGAGGCGGGCAAUGAGCCGACACCGUAA